CGGCGCCGCCUUCCGCUGGGAUCUCUUCCCAGGCCCAGGGGCGCCGGCCCCACCCCAGUUGCCUAGGUGACGAGGGGCCGCUUCUCUCGGCCGGCCGAGAUCGCGGCGAUGUCGCAGGGGACGACUCCCUGGGGGCCGACCCCAGCAGGGCCGACCCCGGCGGGAACAACGCCCGAAUCGGAGAGAGACACUGAAUUCCAGGAGCGUGAAAAGAUUCUGUCUCCGGAUUUUCUUUCAGUUGCCCAAAUCACUGAUUUGUUAACGGAGGACAUCGAUGGAGUUCAAGAAAAACUGGGAACAUUUUUGAAUUUCAAAAACCUUGAAACUUGUUUAAAGGAUGCCAUUCUACUAGAUUAUUAUGUAUCUGGAUUUUUGUGGGCUAGAGGAAUGGAUUUUUCUAUUAUUCAGUAUUCAAAAUUUAUGACUUUACUAGCUAUGUUACUUCAAAAUCUUAAAACACUACAUAUGUCCUUAGAGGACAGCAUAAAAUGGCUUGGAGAAGUUAUGGCUGAAAUAGGACCAACACAUUCGCAAAAAAGUGAGGACUGGAAUAUCUUUGAUGUAAAACAAGCCAAUGCUAUCAUUGAUUACUUAAAAAUCAGCUUAUUUCAACACUACAAGCUAUAUGAGUUUAUGUUCUUCUCUGCCAGGGAAGAAAUUGUGAUAGGAACUGAGUCUUUUUUAGGAUGCCCAGACGUGCAUGCCUAAAGUAAACUGUAUCAGGUUCAGCAACCCACGUUUUGAAGUGAACAUUUUCAAAUCAAAAUGUUUUCAAAGGAAAAUAACCUGGAUUUUCCAGGACCAGAGGCCUCUGAAAAAGAAAAGAUUCAGAGUGGAUAUAAUAACUGUCUUCAAAUCUAAAGGACUAGCAAGAUAAAGAAGAGAUUUGUCUUGUCUGCAUAACUCCCAGAUGGCAAACCAAAGAUCACUGGAUCUUCUAGGGAGGAUUUUUACUAAAUAAAUGCAAUUCCUUUCUAAAUAUAGAAGUAUCUAGAAAUGGAAGGGAUGAAAUGUGGGAGGGCAGAGGCUUAGGCCUUCCUCAGUUUUAUACUACCAACUCUCAGCACAGGUCCUGGCAGACAGAUGGCACUUUAAGUUUGUCGGAAUGAAUUGAGAGGUAAUAGGUUACAUCUUCAUUGAAUAUAUUUCAAGUUUAGCAAUAUGGCUUUUGUUGAAUGAUAUUUUCUGAAGUUGUUUAAAGCACUAGAAGGGAAAUUGAACUAGAUGAUCUAUGAGUAUGUGACCAUCAAACCCAGAUUUUUCUAGGAUUUUUUAGGACUUUCAAUUUAAACUAUUUUGUCCUAUUCUUCCCACGAGUAUACUUCCAAAUGUUAUUCUCAUUAGUAAAGUCCAAAAUUUAUGAUCAGCCAGUCUUACUCUGGGUAGCAAUUACUAACAGAAUGACAAAGUGAAUUCCUUUCUAUGGGCUGGAAAUCAUGUAGGAUUACUUACAGUUGGAGUGGAUAAAUGCAGUUGUUUAUAACUAAAAGGUCACUUACCAUAAAUAUGUAGCUGGCUCUAUCUUGGUGAAUGCAGACUUACAUGUCAAUGUAAGUCAACCAAGACUCUAGGGUGAUAUAUUUUUAUUGAUUGUUUUUUUAAAAAAGAAGAUUUUGAUCACAGUUCUAUAAUAUUGGGCCACAUACUAAUGUUUUCAUAGUGUUCAAGUUGGCUUAUGAGGCCACUCUUUAGGCUUGGUGAGUGUUUGAGAGAUGGCUGAGAAUAUACAAGCAGAUAUGCAUUGUGCAGGAAAGCAUGCAAGUGAAGAGUCAAUUAAGAAAGAAUAAACAUGCUUAGAAAGAG